AUGAGGCAGGCCACAGGGGACCCAGUGUCGGUGUUUGUCUACGAGGUAAAACCCAACGCGGAUGAGCAGACACAAGCGGCCAAGUCAGCGUUCAAGCGGCUCAAGACCCUCCGGCAUCCCAACAUCCUGUCCUACAUCGACGGCUUGGAGACAGAGAAAUGCCUGCACGUGGUGACGGAGCCUGUGACGCCCCUGAACAUAUACCUUCAAGCCAGAGCAGAGGCCGGAGGCAUCAGUGAGCUGGAGAUCUCCUGGGGGCUGCAUCAGAUUGUGAAGGCGCUGAGCUUCCUGGUGAAUGACUGCAGCCUGAUCCAUGGCAAUGUGUGCAUGGGGGCCGUCUUCGUGGACCGUGCGGGCGAGUGGAAGCUGGGGGGCCUGGACUACAUGCACUCAGCCCAGGGCGAGGGGCCCCCUCCCCACCGGACCAGCCCCGACCUGGAGCGCUAUGACCCCCCCGAGAGUGCCGACAGCACUAAGGGCACUGGGGAGAAGUGGUCAGCUGACAUGUGGCGUCUCGGCUGCCUCAUCUGGGAGGUGUUCAAUGGGCCCCUCUCUCGCCCAAGCUGCCUGCGCUCACUGGGCAAGAUCCCGAAGUCCUUGGUGCCGCAUUACUGUGAGCUGGUGGGCGCCAACCCUAAGGUGCGGCCCAACCCUGCCCGGUUUCUACAGAACUGCCGCAGCCCUGGUGGCUUCAUGAGCAACAGCUUUGUGGAGACCAACCUUUUUCUGGAGGAGAUCCAGAUCAAAGAGCCCACGGAGCGUCAGAUGUUCUUUCAGGAUUUGAGCGACCACCUUGACACCUUCCCGGCAGAUUUCUGCCGUCACAAGAUUCUGCCCCAGCUGCUGACAGCUGUGGAGUUUGGGAGUGCUGGUGCUGUUGUGCUCACCCCACUCUUCAAGGUGGGGAAACUCCUGGGAGCUGAGGAGUACCAGCAGAAGAUCAUCCCCAUCAUCGUCAAGAUGUUCUCAUCCCCUGACCGUGCCAUGAGGAUCCGGCUUCUGCAACAGAUGGAGAACUUCAUCCAGUACUUGACGGAGCCUGUGGUCAACACCCAGAUCUUCCCCCAUGUGAUGCAUGGCUUCCUGGACACCAACCCCGCCAUCCGCGAGCAGACAGUCAAGUCAAUGCUGCUGCUGGCACCGAAGCUGAGUGAGAGCAACCUGAACGUGGAACUGAUGAAGCACUUUGCCCGGCUGCAGGCCCGUGAUGAACAGGGCCCCAUCCGCUGCAACACCACCGUGUGCCUGGGCAAGAUCGGGCCCUACCUCAGCGCCUCCACCAGGCAGAGAAUCUUGAUCUCUGCCUUCAGCCGAGCCACCAAGGACCCGUUCGCCCCUUCCCGGGCUGCGGGUGUCCUGGGCUUUGCCGCCACGCACAACUUCUACUCGCUGUCUGACUGCGCCUUCAAAAUCCUGCCUGUUCUCUGCACCCUGACCGUUGACCCCGAGAAGACCGUCCGGGACCAGACAUUCAAGGCCAUUCGCAGCUUCAUGAUCAAGCUGGAGGCCGUUUCCGAGGACCCGUCUCAGCUCGCAGAGCUCGAGAAGGACGUGCACGCAGCUUCUACCAGCCCUGGGAUUGGGGCCGCCGUGAGCUGGGCUGGCUGGGCUGUCACAGGCGUCUCCUCCCUCACCUCUAAGCUUAUCCGGACCAAUGCCGGGACCCCAGUGGAACAGGCAGAGGCACCCGCAGGGGGUGCCGUUCCAGAGCCCCCCAAACCUGAAGCUGAGAGUGUCCCUGCCCCAGCGAUGUCGCCUGCCUCGCCCAGCCACUGGGAAGAGCCCAGAGAGGAAGAGGAGAGCUCAGUGGACAGAUGGGAUGAUGAAGACUGGGGCAGCCUGGAGCAGGAGACGGAACAAAGCAGAGGCCAGAGCAGCCCUGAUGCCUGGAAUACCCCUGGCUGGGUGGAGGCAGCCACGGUGCCCAAAACUUCUGGAGCCAGGCGGGCCAUCAGCUCGUCCAGGAGGCCAGACACCGAUUGGACCAGCUCUGGCUGGGAAGCAGAUGCAGCCUGGAGCCGGGAGAAGGGCCCCCAGGCUCCCAGCUCCCUGGGGGAAGACGGCUGGGAUGUGGAGGGGGAUUUUGGCACCCCAAAGUCUGCUCCCACACCCUCUGCCCCACCUGCGGGGACCCGGCUGGCCAGCGAGUAUGACUGGGGUAGCACAACCGCCACUGAGACACCUGACCCCUUCUUCUCUAUUGCCUCAACCCAGAAGCCGACGGCUGAUGGCCAGAAAAGCACCGACACGUGGGGCUCGGACGCUGGUGGGGACUGGGGCACUGAGGACGCCUGGGAGUCUCUGGAUGCCGAUCACGGGCUCAGCAAGGCCGAGCUGGCCCGGAAGAAGCGCGAGGAGCGGAAGAAGGAGCUGGAGGCCAAGCGGGCUGAGAAGAAGGCGGCACGGGGGCCCAUGAAGCUGGGAGCCAGGAAACUGGACUGAUGGGGGACCCUCUCCCUUUGCUCCCUGGGGUCUUCCUCCAUAGCUUCUACAUCUGCUCCUAAAGUCUCUGUGUGUCCAGCCAGGGAGCCCUGCGUGAGCACAGCUGCCGGGAGGCCUCAGGGUGAAUGAAGGUUUCCCCGCUCGCGCUCAGCCCCUUCCCCAACAUGUUUCCUGGUUGGGGUUUGGGGGGGGUGUCUUCGGCCUGGGGCUACCUGGUCAGAGCGUGGGGUAUUUAUUCUGCCCAGGCCGGGGGUCAGGGAGGGGCUGCUUUGCCUUCUGCACCUGCCCUGACAGUUCUUCUUGUACGUAAGGGGAAUAAACGGCCUGUGUCUGAGGAUGUGUCCUGGGCACGGAGAGUGGGGUGUGGGGCUCCCACCAACGCUCUCACUACCCUCCCCUGCCUGUAUAUCCCAGCAUGCCAUGGUCUGGCCUUCGAUGGUCCAGAUGUGGUGGGUGGAGUGGGUGCACCCCCAGGCUGCGGUCUAGGCUGGGCACCCUAUGGCUUGGAGGCCCAUUCCUGGCCCUUCUCACGGCAGUGCUCCUCAGCUCCAACCUCCUGUAAGUAAUUAUCUUGCCUGUGGCACCCUUGCCCACCCUUCCCCCUUUCCCACCUCCUGCUCUUCAGCCCUCUCUGCACAUUUGUCCUCUGGGCUGGUCCUUGGGGCUGUUGAACCUGCGUCCCUUGAUCCUGGGACUGAGACAGAAUCAUUCACACCCACCCCCUUCUCUCCCCCCCUGACAACAGCCCGUGAGCAGUAGAGCUCCAGGGUCAGGGCUAGAGGGCCUGCGGUAAGUGCCCAGGGCAAAGGGAAGCGAUGACUGGCAGGUGUGUAGAAGUGUUGGCCUUAGGAAGGUGGGGCAGCCCCUGGGUGCUGCUUACCCUGGGGCAGGUUUACCCCGGGGACACAACAGGCUUCUGGUGGGCUUGGAGGUCCGGGGCUGAGCCAGAGGGCGCUGUGCCCUCGAGCAGAGGGGCUCAGUCCCUGACCUGUGGCCCGUGGGGUCUAUGGGACAGGUGCUCAUGUGGCACGUGGAGGCAUUCUUGUAUUGCAAGUCAAUAAUAAAUCCCUGUCCACUU